UGUUGACAGCAGCUCGGUACCACAUGAAUAAGGAAGCUGUCAGACAGACGGCGAUGUCUCCUCUCACCUCCUUAAUAUCGUUGUGUUAGUCAAACAUCUUGAACAUCUGAAUCCUUUAGCAGCCGCUUUUGAUGAAAGGUAAACUGACAGGUGAGACUGACAGAUGAGCCUGAAAGGACCAGUUGAGUUCACAUUAGCAGAACCAUGGCAGCUCCACCUUCUGUCCUGAGAGAGUUCUGCCCACUCUACUAUGUGCUGAAUGCAAUUCCAGCCAAGGUGCAGCGCGGGUUCAGGUCCAUCCUGGUGUACCUGACGGCUCUGGACAGCAGCAAUGACUUCCUGGCUGUGGGCAGCAGCAUAGGCAUGCUCUACCUGUACUGUCGUCGCCUAGCAACCAUGAACAAGUACAGUCUGGAGGGGAAGAGUGAUGCGAUCACGGCUGUGAAGCUUCUCAGCUGUUUUGAUGAUCUUGUAGCUGUGGGAACAGCAUCGGGUCGAGUCGCAGUCUUCCAGCUGGUGUCUCCACUUCCUGGUCGAAACAAACAGCUGAGGCGGUUUGACGUGGUGGGCCUCCAUAAAGGCUCUGUCACGUCUUUAGCGUGGAGCAGCAACGGAAUGAAGCUGUUCUCAGGAGAUGACAAAGGACGAGUCGUCUUCUCCUCUCUGGACUUAGAUCAGGGUGUGUGUGAACCCGUGCUGCUGCUGGAGGAGGCCUCAGGUGUGGUUCAAGUGGAGUACAGUCACCAGGUGCUGCUGAUCUCAACACAGCACAGAUCUCUGCUUUACUGCACACAGAAUCAGAAAGUCCGGCAGCUGGGCACCAGGCCCCGCAAGAGCAGCGGGAGGUUCGGCGCCUGCUUCCUGCCAGCUCUUUGUAAGCAGAGCGAUCUUCAGGUGUUUGCUGCUCGUCCUGGACUCCGACUCUGGAGGUCUGACAUCAGAGGACAGGUGGAGGACACUCGACAGCUUAAACCGCUUUUCAGCACUCAGAUUCCUCAGUUUGAGUUGUUUCCUCGUCCUGGUCCAAUCGGAGCUUACCGUCCAGAGGACAGACAACUUGGUCUGCUCAGCUGUUUCUUCAGAGAUGGAUGGAUUCUCAGCUGGAAUGAGUACAGCAUCUAUGUCCUGGACUGUCAUAACGAGGUGGUGAUCGGAGCCUUAGAGAGCAGUGGAGAUAUUGUGUCGGUGUCAUGUUGUGACAACGAGAUCUUCAUCCUGAAAGGAGACCGAGACAUCAUUCGUCUCUCAAACUGUCCUGAGGGACCAGCUUCCAGCCUGCUGGAGCUCUCUGUCCAUCAGCACUCACCUUUGGCCACGCCCACCAUCCUCCCACCUACUGGAUCAGUUGAAACAGCUCAGCCAAUCAGGACCAUGUCUAUCAUUGUAGAAGGUGGGGUUAGGGUGCAGCAGGAAGGAGGAUGGGAGAGGCCCAGCAAGGAAGGAAAGACAGAGGAAGUGGAGGAGGCAGAAGAGCAGCUUGAGGUGAUGGAACCCAGCACCUCUCGUAGCCGCAGCAGCUCUGUUACUUCCUGCGAGAAUCUCCUUGGAAACACUUCCUGUGAGCUGAGCUCCAGGUGUUACAGCGCCCCUCUGGGCCAUGAGGGGCUGCAGCAAGAGCUCGUUGUAAAGGCCGUCCGAGUGAAGAAGAAGAGGAGGAGACGCCAAGACAGCAGCAGUGGAAGCCACCUCUCUGAGAGCAGAUGCUCAGACUCCAUGUUUUUAGUCCAGGACGGCAGCUGUAAUGACAGUGGAAGUGGAACUCCUUUGAGUGACAGAGCCUCCCUCUUUUAUCUGGACCUCCACAGCCAGCACUCAUCUGAGCCAAUCAAGGAUCAGAUCUCACAGAAAGUAGAGCAUUUUAAUAGAGGUUUAAGUGACGUACAGGAGGCGGAGUCUUCCACCAACCAAUCGGGCUCUCAGCUACUCCGGGGUGUGGAGGACCCAGGAAAGGCCUCUGAUCCUGGCACUGAGGUUGACCCUCUGGCCCUCAAUGUGGAUCUGUUGCUGGAGUGCACCUUCUCCUACAUGCACAACACUGAGGAGAAUGAUGAACAGGAGCAGCAGCCAAUGGAGGAGCAGGAGGGAGGGUUUCUGAGCCCACUGAUUGGACCAGAGGAAAAGAAUGAUGAGCAGGUGCCUCCUGUUGUUCUGGGAGACCAGAUGUUUUACUCCACCAUGUCCAGUCUGGAAAUAAGACCUGGUAUGUCCAGUGAUGAAGAGGAAGACAUCUACUGUCAAGUCCUUAACCCUCCACCUCAUCCGACGGAGAAGACCUCAGACCCACAGGUGGAACCCAACACCAACGACAGAGACACACUGAAACCUGACCAGUUGGCAGAAAGCUGGAUGGGUUACUCGGGACCAGGAUGUGGAAUAUUGAGCCUGCAGGUGACUGACAGGUAUGUGUGGUGUCUGGACUUUAAAGGAGGACUCUUCUGCAGCGGCCUACUUGAAACUGGGCUCAACUGGCAGCGCUUUGAAGACAACGUCCACCAGGUGGCAUUGUCACCCUCAGGUAAUCUGUUGUGGAAGGUGGAACAGCGGAGCAUGACGGCAUUUGCUUGUGCUAAAGUCUCAGUCAAAGGAAAACGUCACUGGUACAAAGCUGUGGAGCAAACAGCCUUUGUGGCUCUGAGUGACGACUCGGCCUGGAUCAUCAGGACCAAUGGAGAUCUCUACUUACAGACAGGUCUAAGUGUGGACCGGCCCUGUGCUCGCUCUGUGAAGUUGGAGUGUCCUUGUGUGUUCACUCAGGUGUGUGUGAGCGAAGGUGUGGUCUGGGCUCUGAGCGAACACAAGGCAGUUUUCUACAGAGAAGGUCUGAGCAGCUACUGCAGCGAGGGAGAGGGCUGGAAGUACGACACAGUCAGUGAGGCUCAGGGUGUGGAGCUGAUGUGUGUGGCUCUGGCAGAAGGAGGUACAGCUUGGGCUCUAGACGCCAGCGGCAGCCUCUGGUUUAGAACCGGCAUUUGUUCGUCCAGACCACAGGGCGAUGACGACCACUGGUGGCAGAUCAGAAUUUCGGACUAUGUGGUCUUUGACCAGGGCAGUAUUUUCCAGACGCUGCUUCAUGCCACCCAGAGUGUUGCCACGGUUACCAGGGCGCCGGUUGAGCGUGUGGUGGCCUUUCUGUCACAGUACUCACAGUGCCAACCAAGCCUGGUCAGCGCCAACGGAAGUGGAGUUUGGGUCGCUUCAGGACGUAACCAACUGCACCUGGCCCGGGGCAGUCUCGUGGGAACUUUCUGGCAGAAUGUUGUUCCAAGAGGAACCGUCUCAACCACCAAGUGGAGCUUCAUCACUUCUUCAGUUGUGCCUCACAGAGAAGGUACGUUUCUAUGGUUGGCUCAGAGCAGGAAGGAUCUGUUCUGUGUUUGGGACCAGGAUGGCGAGCUCCGCCCCUCGUCCAUCUCUCUACCACAUGAGAUGGAGCUGUCUCACCUGUCUGCCUGCCGUGAUGCUCUGUGGGGUUUAGACACACAUGGACGAGUCAGUAUUCGUACGUUGUCUCCAUCCUGUCCCUUUGGACUCCACUGGACCUCCCUGGACCUCAACCAGCUCGGAAGUGUUCGUCUGGUCAGUGUGAGUUGCGGCAGUCAGAACGUUUGGGCUGUGGACAGUCGAGGAAUAGUUUACUUCAGAGUGGGAACCCAGCCCUUAAACCCCAGCAUGAUGCUACCUGCCUGGAUCCAUAUAGACCCGCCUGUACAGCCAAUAGGAGUGCAGCUGGUCAAUAUCCAGACAAGUCCUAAUGACCGUCUCCUCUGGGCUCUGGACAACAGAGGAAGCGUCUUCGUCAGAACUGGACUCAGUGAUGAGAUGCCGGUGGGAACUGACUGGGACCUGGCACCAGGCCUAGCUGUCACUCAGCUGGUCCUCAGCUCUCGGACCGUUUGGGUUCGUUGUGUAAAUGGAGAAGUCGCUCGUCGUUACGGCAUCUCGGACCAAAACCCUGCUGGAGACUACUGGAAGAAGAUCCCUGGGAACGCCAACUGGUUAACUGUGACUCCAGAAGAUGAGUUGUGGGCAGUGACUGUGAUUGGGGGAUUGUCACGUCGUCUGACUAAGCUCCUCCCACAAACUCCCCGUUGGCCCGCCCCCUCAGCAUCCUCACUCAGUGGGGACGACAUCGACGACGAAUGGGAGCUCAUUUGACGAUGUCAUUGUGAUGUCACCGCUGUCAUUUUCUUACGUUGAGGUUUUUGAAAUCCAAACAAGUGGAUCCCAGGUGGUUUCUGGGAAAUGAAGGGAAUUGAGACAUUGUUUUAAAAGAAAGCACUUUAAAAAGAAGGCAAACUAGACCUUAAUGGUUCUGACUGUGGUUGUUGAAGGCAUCAAUGGGACGUUUUCACAUUCUACCCAUGUUUCAUUCAUGCUAUUUUAAAUGAGCUAAAACUUUGAUCUGGUUUAAACUGGUUCAAGCUGGUUUAAACUGGAAAUUGAUUUGUGCUUUUUGACCACGUUCAGGGUUUGGAAAUGGUAGAGAUGUAAUAUCCUGGUUCAGUCUGGUGGGGUUAAGCUGAGUUAGACCGUGUUAAGACAAGUUGACUUUAAUAGACCCUGUUGGACUCUAAUGGAACCUUGUGGACUUUAGUGCACUAUAAUGUCUUAAGUGGACUCAAAUAGACUAUAGUAGACUCUCAUGGACCCUAGUGAGACUAAAGUAGACUCCAAUGGACUCUGAUAGACUAAUGGAUCCUGGCGGACUAUAUUAGCCUAAUGGACCCUGAAGGACUAUAAUGGACUCUAAGAGACCAUGGUGGAUUGUAGUAGUUUCUAAUGCACCCUGGUGGACUAUAGUAGACUGAUGGACUCUAAUGUACUAUAUUGGACUCUCAUUGACCCUCUGGUGAACAAGCAUUGAGGUUCAGGUCUAGGGUCUGAAAUGGUUUAAUAUUUUGAAGAACUUCUAACUUGUCCUCAGCAUCCUCUUCCUCAUACUAAUAGUUGCCAUGGAAACGUGUACAGGUGUGACUAUGUUGUGAUGUCGUCCCGAUGUCAGCUCAUUGGUUGAUGAUUAAUAAGAAUUCAGUGUAACCUCACCUGUUUUAUGAUAACGUUCAUUAUCCUAACAAAGUUCAAAUACACGGGUUACAGCGUAUUAACUGAAACUGAUGUUUGAAAUCUUUGGCUCACAUAAACACGUAAAUCCAAUAAACUGCUGCCAUUUCCCUUUAA